AAAAUGAAUAAGAAAAGAUACUUUCUUGAACCUCCAGAGGUCAAAAACUAUCUGGUCAAAGGAGACAGGUUCACCAAGUGGUCGGAGGACUCAACAAAAACUGUUCCUGUCACCAUGAAGAUGGAUUCGAAAGGAUUUUAUGUCUACUGGACCAACCAAAGCAAGGAGACAACUUUCGUGGAUGUUGCUACCAUCCGAGAUACCAGAACUGGAAAGUAUGCAAAACUUCCCAAAAAUCCAAAAGUUCGCAACGUGUUUAACCUGGAUUUCCCAGACAGCAACCAUCUUGCCAAAACGCUGACCAUUGUCUCCGGUCUAGACACGGUUAAUCUGACCUAUUAUAACUUCUUCGCCUCAAAAGAGAAGGUGACUCAGAACUGGGCAGAUGACAUUCUCACAAUUGCAUACAAUGCUGCAAGAAACAAUUCGUGCAGACAAGUUUUCCUGGAGAAAAUAUACGCCCGCAUUUCUCUUCAGACCAACAAGGAUGGCAAAAUUCCAGUAAAGAACAUUUACAAGAUGUUUCCUUCUGACAAGAAGAGAGUGGAAAGUGCCUUAGCAGCAGCUCACCUCCCCAAAGGAAAGUACGAGAGUAUGAAGCCUGAUGUGUUCACUGAGGCCGCCUUCAGGACCUUCCUGAUAAAUCUCUGUCCUCGGCCGGAGAUCUACGAGAUUUUUACUACUUACUCUACCAAACCCACCAUGACGAAGGAUAACUUCACCAAGUUCCUCAACGAGAAACAGAGGGACUCCCGACUCAACGAGGAGCUGUUUCCCCGUCUUCGUCAAGACCAAAUCAAGGCUCUGAUCGACAAAUAUGAACCCACCUCUAAUAAUGCCAACAGAGGUCUGAUUUCUCCAGAAGGCCUUUUAUUCUUCCUGAUGGGUCCGGAGACGUGUGUUGUCAUGCAGGACAAGCUUGCCAAGUGUCAGGACAUGACCCAACCCAUUCCCCACUACUUCAUCAAGUCCUCUCACAACACGUACCUAACAGCUGGUCAGUUCUCAGGCGUGUCCUCUCCAGAGAUGUAUCGUCAGUGUCUGCUGUCUGGCUGUCGGUGUCUGGAGCUGGACUGCUGGAAGGGGAAACCUCCAGAUGAAGAGCCCAUCAUCACCCAUGGCUUCACCAUGACCACUGAGAUCCUUUUCAAGGAUGUCAUAGAGGCCAUUGCAGAAAGUGCAUUCAAGACCUCGAAGUACCCCGUCAUUCUCUCGUUUGAGAACCACGUUGACUCGGUGAAACAGCAGGAGAAGAUGGCCAACUACUGCAAAACCAUCUUUGGUGAUGCUCUGUUAACAGAACCUUUGGAGAAAUACCCUCUGAAGCCGGGCCAGCAGAUCCCCAGCCCCUCUGAGCUUAUGGGCAAGAUCCUCAUAAAAAACAAAAAGGGUCAUGAAAAGCCAGCCCAGACCAAGAAAACCAGCACUGCAGUGACCGAUCAGAACGCAGCAGCUGGAACCCCUCAGGACCCAAACAUCCCUCCCCAGGACGAGAGCAACCCAGCAGCUAGCCCUCAGGAGAACCAAGCUGAAGUAGAAGCAGCUGUGGAGGAUGCAGAGGAGCAAGACGAUACAGAAGAACAGGAUGAGGAGAAAAUGAAGACAUCAGAUGAGGGCACAGCUGGACAAGAAGUAACAGCGUAUGAGGCCAUGUCAUCCAUAGUGAACUACAUCCAGCCCAACAAAUUCAUCUCUUUUGAGAACGCCAAAAAGAAAAACAAAAGUUACGCCAUCUCAUCAUUUGUGGAGACCAAAGGGGAGGCGAUGAUUGCGAAGACGGCUAUUGAAUUUGUGGAGUACAAUAAGAGACAGAUGAGCAGGAUUUAUCCAAAAGGGACAAGAAUGGACUCGUCCAACUACAGCCCUCAGCCUUUCUGGAACGUUGGCUGCCAAAUGGUGGCUCUCAACUAUCAAACAAUGGAUUUCCCCAUGCAGCUGAACAUGGCCCUGUUUGAGUACAAUGGCAGAACGGGCUACCUUCUCAAACACGACGUCAUGCGUCGAAGCGAUAAGAAGUUCGACCCUUUCUGUGACAGGAUCGACACCGUUGUGGCAAGCACUCUGACCAUAAAGAUCUACUCAGGACAGUUUCUAUCUGACAAGAGUGUGAAAACAGGGGUUGAGGUGGAGGUGAUUGGACUGCCAGGAGACCCCAAGAAGAAAUACCGCACCAAGUGGUCCACAACACCCAACGCCAUUAACCCAGUGUGGAAUGAGGAGCCUUUUGUUUUUGAGAAGAUCCUGCUCCCAGAAAUGGCGUCUCUGAGAAUUGUGGUUCACGAAGAGAACGGGAAAUUUGUGGGACACAGAAUUAUCCCUGUCGAUGCCAUCCAGUCAGGCUUUCAUCACAUCUGCCUGCACAGUGAGAGCAACAUGCCUCUCACUCUGCCUGCUCUCUUUGUCUACAUCGAGGUCAAGGACUACAUCCCUGCUGCCUUUGCAGAUUUCACAGAUGCCUUAUUCAAUCCUACAAAGGGUUCAGACAAGCCAUCAAAGACCCCCAAAGAGUCAUCCUCCGACUACAUUUCUCCCUAUGAGUUGCCUCUUGUGGUCCAAACCCCAGCAGAGCAAACCACAGAGAGUGACACUCCAGCUGAAGAAAAGGCUGCACCUGAACCUCCACCAAACACUGACAGUGCUGACAAUUCUUCCCAGUCUCCUCCUGCAACUAGUGCAGAAGAAGCUAAAGAAGAGGUUGUUUCGCCAGAGCCAGAGCAAUCUCAGACUCCUGAUACUCCUGAUGCUGGACCAGAUGCAGAAAACCCUGAGAAGACGUCUGAGGAGCCCAGUGCUGAGGGAAAAGAAGCAGCCCCGGAGCCAGAGGUGGCUCCUGAAUCCAAACAAGAAGAAGGCACUGAGCCUGAUACAAACCCAGAGCCUGCUCCAGAUAAUCAGAAAUCUGAAGACGUUGCUGAAGCGCCUGUUUCAGAAGAACCCACUCCUGAAAAAGCAGCUGAUGUGACCUUGUCCAUUCCAGCCAAUGAAUCGGUCAAGUCUGCAGAAUCGAGCGACCCAACUCAGUUGCAAACCUCUGGUGAAGAGCCUUCCACAGUGACAACCGAAGAACUGAUACAGCACAAGAACUAUGUGAAGGUCAUCAAGCGACAGGAAAGAGAGCUUAAAGAAGCUGAAAAGAAGUGUCAGAAAAAAACAGAAGAUGUGAUCCAGAAACACUCCGACCUCAUCAAGUCUAUUAAAAAGAAGACAUCGCUGAGGAAAAAGGAGGGAGGGGACAACACGUCUGACAACAAUGUAAAAAAAGAGCGGGUGCAGGAGCAGAAGGAAAAGAUGCAGAAGGAGCUGCAGGUUCUGUGGACAGAACAAAGUGAGCAGAUGAAGAAAAAGAAAGAGCAGUGUGCUACAGAGAGACUUGCCAAACUGUUGGAGAUGGCCAUGGAGAGACACACCGUAGAAAUGAAGACCUUGGAAAGUGAAACUAAAGAAAAGAGGAAAGCACUCCUCAAAUGUUCCUCCUCAGAGAAGUCAAAGCUGAAAAAGGCGAUGAGCACCGAGUUUCUGGACGAGGCAAGUCAGCCUGACAGUGGUUCUGACUUCAGUCCACAGCAAGAGGCUCUGAUGAAGAAACAAGCCGCCACACUGGAGGACAUCAAGGUCCUGACUAAUCAGCUCAAUCAAGAGGCUCUGACUGAGCAUGCACAGAAGCUGAGGGGUCUGCCAGCUGAAGUGAAGAAGGUGGUUAACGUUUGCGUGGGGGCACACUUCCCAGAGUACGUGGACGACACCGGAGACAAAAAGGCCGGGGGAGAGUGCUUCUAUGGAAACGUCUUUCUGGGUUAGAUCUGCAUAACCAUACUCGAUAUAAUUCACAUUUUGUUAAUCCCGUUGUUGCUUUAACUGCUUAUAUAGCCAAAAGUCUGAACCUUAU